AUGACCUUAACAAUUGAUAUUUCCUCCGUCGGGCAAACAACUUCACCACCACCGCCAGACAUCGAAAUGUCACGAACAAAUUCAUCAUCAACAGCAGUAAUCAUUGAUUGGAAAGAAAAAUAUGAACAAUUACAUAUUGAACAUCAAUUAGAAGUUGAACGCAUUCGUCAACAGUAUGAGCAUGAGCUAAGAGAUAAAAUUACAGGUUUGUAUAUAAGUACCAUCAUAUACGUCCAAAGUCAUAUGUGUCUCAUUAUAGAUAUUAGGUCUCAACUCAAACAUGACUACGAUUAUCGUGUCAACGACUUACGUCAACAAUAUGAACAACUACAACUACAACAACAACACAAUUUAAGUUUAAAUAGUACAAUGAUAAAUGAUAAUAGCUUUGGUGAACAAAUUCGUGAACAACUACGAAUAGCUAAACAAUACGAAAAUGAUGAACAAAAGACCAUCAACAGUUUACUUCUCACCCAACAACAUCAGUUAAUUGACGAGAAUGAUAAUAAUGGCGAAAAUUUAAAACGUUUAGUUAGUAGAUUACAUACAGAAGGUACGCAUGUGAGGAAUGCUUGUAGUUUAUAA